CUGCAAUUGGGUUAUGAUAAAGAUGUGGGAGAUGACGGCAUGGAGAGGCUGGUCUUAUCAGACGUUACUCGAUACACGACUCGUGGGAAUACAUCCACCACGAGGAAGGAGCCUGAUCACAUAGCUGUCGACGUCAUGCUCAGCCGUGCAGUGUUGAAACAGAUAGAAGACGAUGACUUGGAUGGAACAGACGCUUUCCAGAAGAGGUCUGCCUUAGGAGUCUACGGCAAAGAGCUCAUGCAGAAAUCACGCGAUUCGAGACUGCAGAAGAUCCAUUGCGAAGCUGACGACUUCAUGUCUUUAUGGGCGUUUCAUCCUGGUGGCCGUCGAAAGCAAUCA